CGCCUCAUACUUUUACUGAAGUAGGCUACUUAAGCCUGUGAAUUGAGUACUUUCCAAAGCACUGCCCUUGUGUGGGGGGGGCGAGUAGCACUGUUUCUAUGCCGCACGGCAUGUGGGGCCUCGGCGCCUCCAAGCCCUGGCCUGCCGCUGCCACGCCGCCUCUGCUGGUGGGCCGAGCAGCUUUGGCACAGCUGGCAAAAUUAAUCUGAUUGGCAACAGUCACUGUUACUUGUGGAAUAUAUGCGAGUCAUUCUGAGAGUUUGGUGAACAAGCUUGGAAUUGGUGGCUUACAGGAAAAUUGCGUACAUAUGGAAUUUUGGAUGUAAAACAUUUCACUGGGAAACUACAUAUUCCACUAUGAUUAACAAAACGAAAGCAACUGAUUAUCACGCAAAAUGAGGACAAAUGUACGUGACCGUUUUCAUGCAUGUAACCCAGGUGGUUUGGGGAUUACACACAGCAUUCUGCAAAUGCAAUAGUCAGUUGUGACAAACCGUGAAAGGCCGUGUGAGCGUGCCCAGGCACACUCCCCGUCGUGCCAGCAUGUGCCACUUUGCCGUCGUGAUCUCCGUGACGUCCGAGGUGGGGGAUUUUAAAAGACAUCCGUUCUUUGAAUAUGUGGCUUACAUGUCUAUCCUUCCAAAUUCUGUACCCACUUGUCUUAUUCAGGGUCCUGGGAGGCAGGGAGGGUCUGGAGCCUUUAUCAGAGUAGGAGGAAACCCCAUGACGACUGGGGGAGAACAUGCAAGCUCCACACACACAGCCACGGCAGAGACUCGAACCCACAUCCCAGAGGGGGUAACGGUGCCAAGCACUGCACCAGCCUAGCAAAGGCGUCCCUUCAAAACAUAUAAAACCAUCAAUUUAUUAUGAAAUGAGCGUAACCUUAUGCCAAGUUAAAGAAUAGCUUUUUAUGCUCAGACAGGGGGAGAACAUGCACACGUCACUCUCGGGGGUGGGAUUCGAACCCAGAACCCUGACAGUGUGCGUACUGCCCAUUAUUAGGUCAUUGAACCGGUAAUUAUAAUCACUAUACACACUGUACCGUUAUGAAACGGAUCGAAAAAAUGGACACGUUAAUGUAAGGCAAGUUCGUAGCACUGUGCACUUGAGCAUGAAGCAAAGCGCCAUGCCUGAGGGCAGUCGGGAGUGGCAUUGCCGGGCUGAUUGCUCAAUGAGGAGUUACUGAGAAGCCGUAACCACACAGGGGGAGGCCGCCCACCUUCCGCACUUCACUGACGUCUACAGCCGUCCGCAUUUGGCAAACACGCAGUGGGUAUUGCGAUCAGACCCAGAGGCUUCCAGACCAGCGGGGUCCCGGCCGGGUGAGUUGGAGCUUGGCGUCUCUCUCCGCGUUCAGUUCAUGCUUGUAGGGCUGCAUGUGGAAAUCAGGAGCCGCUAAACCGCCAACACAAGCUGUAAUAAAUCCUUACUUUACGAAUGACAGAAUGCAGCUGCCAGGUCGGAUAUACAGUAUGCGGUUGUCUCACUUUUUGGAUGCGUUUGGAUGAAACAAGAAGACGAAGCUAUAGACUAGGUUAGUAUUAUAGGCGUCGUCUGUGGGUGGAUGCCGCUGUUUGAACUGCCUCGCAUGUCCUUGGGGGUAAAAGACGCUGGUGUGAUGUGAAACACCCAGGACAAUCAAUCAAAGAUAUAUAUUUAAUAACUGGAAGACUGGACAGUCCUGCAAAUGCUUCUUAUAUUUUGGUAAGAUUAUAAAUAAUGAAAUACCUGGAUAGUAAUUGGCAGUUUUUUGGCAGCGUAGAGUAACGUACGUGUGUUGGUGGUUGACGUUGGCAUUAAGUACAGAGGGCAUGAUGCUGACAGGGUGCUUUGCCUCUGACGUGUUGAUGUUUGGAUGGUAGCUGUGUUCCUCUUGCAGGGUAUUUGGGACUUUUCAUAUUUUUUAUACUUCAGUUGCAAGUUCCCUGUGGAAUUUGCUUUGUGCUCUUUUGUCCUUGUGCUCACAGUCUGUCCUCUUUCUUUCAAAGAAUGAUGUCUUCGGAGAAUAUGUCCCAGAAUGACAGUUUCCUGGACUCACAGUUCAGAUACUCUGUUUUCCCAACCUUCUACAGCCUGGUCUUCAUCUUUGGCCUGAUAGCUAACUGCUACGCUCUCUACAUUUUGCGCAACAUCCGCGACGUCAAAGCCGUGAAUGAGGUGCGGAUCUACAUGACCAACCUGACGGUGGCCGACCUGCUCUUCAUCAUCAUUCUGCCCCUAUGGAUUGAUUACUACAACCAGUGGGGCAACUGGCGUUUCCACGAAGCCAUGUGUAGAGUUUCCGGUGCCAUGUUCUACAUCAACACCUACUGCUCCAUCCUCUUCCUGGCCGUGAUCAGCUUUAACCGCUACUGGGUGGUAACACGGCCGCUCAGUGCCGCCACAUCUGACCACUGGCACCGCGGGGUGCUCGUCUCGCUGGUGAUCUGGCUCUUCUCCGUGUCGGCCUCAAUCCCGUAUCUGUUCCAAAAGGCCAUCAACGAUGACAAAGUAAGCGGAAAAUCGCGCUGCUUUGAGGGAUACCACAACAUGGAUGACCGCACGAAGCAUUCACUGGUUUUGACCCACUUCCUCAUCAUCGCUUUCUUCUUUGUGGUCUUUCUGCUGGUCGUCAUCUGCAAUCUGUUGAUCGUCCGCGCCCUGCUGGUUCCACCUGUCUCUCCACACGGGACCCGCGUCAGUGUGCGGAGCUUGGGCCUGAAGUGCCGCGCCCUGGGCAUGGUGAUGGUGGUGCUGGUGGUCUUCGUGGUGUGCUUCGUGCCUUACCACCUGGUGCAGGGGCCCUGGACGCUGGCGGUGCUGCAGCUGGCAAUGGUGGGUGACAGGGAUAGCAGGCAGCUCCUCAACGACGCCCACCAGGUCACCCUCAUGCUCAUGGGGCUCAACUGCCUGCUGGACCCGGUGAUCUACUGCCUGGCCACCAAGAUGUUCCGCAGCUACAUCUCCAUGCACUUCAAGAAGGUGAUGCGAGGGAGGAGCUGCCCCAGAAACAGCUCCCAGACCACAGUGUCCAUGGAGACGCGGGCGCCAAAGGAGGUGAUGGGACCCACGGUGCACUGAGCGGGCGGAACAUGCUUCGUGCAUCCUAUGCGCUUGUCACACACGUGCAGUGCAUGUGCAAUGCACACGUCACACGCUCAGCUUGCACAUGCUGCGCACAUGUCACACAAGCUAUGGCCACGUCGUGGACACGUCAGGAACACAUCAUGUACAUGCCGUGCACACUUCACACACACACACACACACACACACACACCAUGCACAUCUGACAUCCCUGGACCCCUAGUAGCAUCAGACAGGGACACAGUGGGCAGAUUGGCGUUUAGCAUGCAGAUGUGGCGCUCAGGUCACAGGACGCACUUCAGCUUAUGGCAGAGAGCGCAGGCAGGCUCCUACUCAGGCUCCUACUCAGGCUCCUAGUCCUUACACAGUCACUGCAUUUAAACUUACAACGUUAAUAAGUUCAAAUCAUUUAGAAUGGGAACUAUCAGAGCUUAUUGCAUUCUCGUCUGAAGUCCCCCCACACCGCCUUUCCGCUUCGGCUUGGGGGGGUCCUUAUAUGGCAGUCAUGACUGAUUUCCGGAGCCACUCUGAUCCUCCUGCUUUAUACAGCUCUGGAAAAAAUAUGUCCACUCUAUAUAUUUUUUUUUAAGAAUUUUCAUUGUUAAAUCCUGGUUUAAUCCUGGUUCUGCUGGCAAACGUUGCACUUCGGGCUUUCAGACUCAAAAUUUCUAAGACUAAAAUUUACGAUGUCAGAAUAAACUGUAUUUCUACUGGAGGGAAUGUGUCCUAAUAAGGAAAUGUACCCAAUCAGAAUAGAAUGUCUAUGGUUUUAACGGUGGCAAUGCGUUCUGAUAAGAAAAUGUGUGUUAUCAGAACAACAUACCCCUAGUUUUGAACGCUGAUAAAACAUACCGAAAAGGAAAUAUAUGCUAAAAGAACCAAAUUCCUGUGGUUUUUAACAGUGAUAACAAUCUGAAAACAUUCUUAGAAAAUGUAUGGUAUCAGAUGAGCAGAUCUAUAGCAUGGGAUGGAGCUUGCUCCUUUGAGAGUACUCAUUGUUCCUGUAAUUGUCCGGAAUUGUCUUUAUUUGGAAUCUUACAGACUAUGAACAAAAACAGACAAUGCAAGAAAAUAAAAGAAUGUGUAUGACCGAAAGCUAGAAUAUUUUUGGAACAGUGGGUUUAAUUUAUGUACUAGCUCAGAUUUGAGAAACAGCAUAGAUGCUACAUAUAGAUAAUUAUAACUAUAACUACACAUAAAAACUGGAAAGUAUAAUCGUUUACUUUCCGUCGAAUAUUCUUGCAACGGCAUGCUAAAUUUAUGGGCCAUCGGAGAACAUUAUGUUAUUCUGUUCUAUGCAUGCGCUCUAACUGAGAGUACGCUAUUCCAUGGGUACGCUGUAAUGUCAGAACACCGACACUGCCUCAUAAAUCAGAGGAAGAUGCCAGGUGACCUUCAAAAAGAAUGGCAGACAUUAAGGGCAGGUGUGAAGUGCACUGCUAGGAAAAGCUCCUAUAUGAGGACUGAAGACCUAUAAAGCAACGAAGAAGCCCUUAGAACAUAAAGUCACAAACGGCAGGAAGCCUUUUGGCCCAUCUGGCUCGUUUGUGGAGAACUCGACUAAUAACUCAGAGUUGUCAAAAUCUUAUCUAGGUCUGAUUUAACGGGUUUCAGUUAGCAGAAGGGAAGAGCCAGGCUGGAGUUUGCAAAAACAUGUAUUUUACACGGGCACAUAGACAUAAAUUGAGUGAAAGUGAAAAUUUUGCUGUGAUCUCUUAAUCUUUCCCAGAGCUGCAUAUACAUCCUUAUUUAGGAGUAUGAAUUCCGGGCUUGUAUGCUUAUUUAUUUAUUUAUGUCUCCAUUAAAGUGUAAUAAAGUAUGA